GGUUCAGGGGAAAGAGAGGGAGUAGAGAGGCAGAGCUUGAGAGAAAGAGAGGGAGAAGAACGCUAAAGAGGGACCAGAUAACAGGCUGUGCGAGACACACAGAGAGAGAGAGAGAGGGAUCGAGUGGAGGGGCAGAUAGUGAAUGAGGCUGCUGUGGAUUCAGUGCUUUUCAGUGUAACAGACAGACAGACAGACAGGAUGGAGCACUGGAGCAGAUGAAGACCGACAUCGGUCCUCCCUCUAGGUCCAGAUGAGUGUAUCUAAGCCCCCCCCUGCAGCCCACCCUGCCCUACCCUCCCCUCACCUCUCCAUCCCGCCAUCCUCGCCCUCCUCCUCCUCCUCACCCCCUCCCUCUGCUCCCCCCUCCUCCCCUCUCAGGAUCUCCAUGCAGGAGCACUUUGCGAUAAACGUGUGUCCCGGUCCCAUUCUGCCCAUUCCCCAAAUCUCAGACUUCUUCCCACGCUUCCACGACUUCCCCCUGACUCCACCCCCGCCCCGCCAGAAACAGACCCCCUCACCCCGGGACACGGACAGAGAGCGGGACGGAGAGAGGGAGCACAACGGAGAGGAGAAAGAGCUCGCCGACUCCGACGAUGAUGACACUUACCUUGGGACUCUGGAGUUCAGCCUGCUGUUUGACCAGGAGAACAACAGCCUGCACUGCACCAUCCAUAAAGCAAAGGGUCUGAAGGCCAUGGACUCCAACGGACUCGCCGAUCCUUAUGUGAAGCUCCACCUCCUGCCUGGAGCGAGCAAGGCAAAUAAGUUGCGCACUAAAACCCUGAAGAACACAUUGAAUCCAGUGUGGAAUGAGACGCUGGUUUAUCACGGCAUCACCGCGGCCGACAUGACUACCAAAACUCUCAGGCUGUGUGUUUGUGAUAUGGACCGCUUGGGUCGUAAUGAGUUUAUCGGUGAGGUCCGAGUGGCUCUGAAGAAGCUGAAAGAGGGAGAAACCAAACGAUACAAUAUGGGCUUAGAGAGAAUCGCUCAGACUCGAGAGGGCAACAACCAGACUGUGGAUCAGAGCUCUCAGUUGGUGGAGGAGGAGCGUGGUCGUAUCCUGGUAUCUCUGUGUUAUAUUGUGGAGAAGACGUCUCUGGUGGUGGGAAUUAUACGCUGUGCCCACCUUGCUGCCAUGGACUCCAAUGGCUACUCUGACCCGUUCGUCAAGAUCGUUCUCCAGCCGGAUAUGGGGAAGAAGUCCAAGUAUAAAACAUCAGUGAAGAAAAAAACACUAAACCCGGAGUUUAACGAGGAGUUCAUAUAUGAGGUUCCUCAUGACCAGCUGGCGAAGAAAACCCUGGAGAUCUCCGUGUGGGAUUAUGACCUGGGCAUGAGUAAUGACUUCAUAGGUGGAGUGGAGUUGGGCAUUAACGCUAAAGGCGAACAGUUGAGGCACUGGUUCGAGUGUCUGAAAUAUAAAGGGAAGAAAGUGGAGUACUGGCACACACUCACACAGCAGGGGGCGCCGAGCAGCGACUGACACAAUACACACACACACACACACACACACACACACACACACACACACACACACACACGUAUACGCACAUUAAUUAAACAGAUCUAGUAAUAAUAAGAAGAUGCAAUAAACACAACUCUUUUGUUACGAGAUGCUGAAGCGUGAGGACGAGGCCAGAAACAUCCCUCAUGCAAUUAUGUGACCGAGCUGCGCAAACAGGGGUCUGUGUGUCACUGUGCUGUAAAAUGCCCCACAAUGCAAGCUCAAGCUGCAUCUCAGCAUUACAGCAGGGGGCAAUGUAGUAACAGCCAAGCCUGGCCAAGCUCUCUCAUAGCGCCAGCACGACUGUGUCACUCACAGGAUCACUCAACUGGAUCGUUCAAAUAAACACAUGAUCAUCACCUCUUAAUUCCAACAGCACACCUAAAGUGGCUCUGACUUCCUUACUUACAUGUUUAGUCAUUGCAGCUGUUGGAAUUACAGUAGAUCGCCAUUCACAGGCGCUCUAAAUUGAAUCCAUUUACACAUGACCUGAUUAGUUCUCUGUCUGCUGGAGCAACAGUAGAUCUCACUUACAGACCCUCUGAUCUAGCUUCUAUCUGUAGGAAGAACGGUAGAUCCCCUUCACAGAUGCUCUGAUUAGAUCCCAUUUACAGAUGCUCUGAUUUGUCCUGUAUCUAUUGGAAUAACAGUAGAUCCCAUUUACAGAUGCUUUGUUUUCCUCCUAAUCUAUUGUAAUAACAGUAGAUCCCAUUUACAGAUGCUUUGUUUUCUCCCUAAUCUAUUGUAAUAACAGUAGAUCCCAUUUACAGAUGCUUUGUUUUCUCCCUAAUCUAUUGUAAUAACAGUAGAUCCCAUUUACAGAUGCUUUGUUUUCUCCCUAAUCUAUUGUAAUAACAGUAGAUCCCAUUUACAGAUGCUUUGUUUUCUCCCUAAUCUAUUGUAAUAACAGUAGAUCCCAUUUACAGAUGCUUUGUUUUCUCCCUAAUCUAUUGUAAUAACAGUAGAUCCCAUUUACAGAUGCUUUGUUUUCCCCCUAAUCUAUUGUAAUAACAGUAGAUCCCAUUUACAGAUGCUUUGUUUUCCUCCUAAUCUAUUGUAAUAACAGUAGAUCCCAUUUACAGAUGCUUUGUUUUCUCCCUAAUCUAUUGUAAUAACAGUAGAUCCCAUUUACAGAUGCUUUGUUUUCUCCCUAAUCUAUUGUUAUAACAGUAGAUCCCAUUUGCAGAUGCUUUGUUUCCCCCCUAAUCUAUUGUAAUAACAGUAGAUCCCAUUUACAGAUGCUUUGUUUUCUCCCUAAUCUAUUGUAAUAACAGUAGAUCCCAUUUACAGAUGCUUUGUUUUCUCCCUAAUCUAUUGUAAUAACAAUAGAUCCCAUUUACAGAUGCUUUGUUUUCUCCCUAAUCUAUUGUAAUAACAGUAGAUCCCAUUUACAGAUGCUUUGUUUUCUCCCUAAUCUAUUGUUAUAACAGUAGAUCCCAUUUGCAGAUGCUUUGUUUCCCCCCUAAUCUAUUGUAAUAACAGUAGAUCCCAUUUACAGAUGCUUUGUUUUCUCCCUAAUCUAUUGUAAUAACAGUAGAUCCCAUUUACAGAUGCUUUGUUUUCUCCCUAAUCUAUUGUAAUAACAAUAGAUCCCAUUUACAGAUGCUUUGUUUUCUCCCUAAUCUAUUGUAAUAACAGUAGAUCUAUUUACAGAUGCUCUGAUUUGUCCUGUAUCUAUUGGAAUAACAGUAGAUCCCAUUUACAGAUGCUCUGAUUUGUCCCCAAUCUAUUGGAAUAACAGUAGAUCCCAUUUACAGACACUCUGAUUUGUCCUGUAUGUAUUGGAAUAAUAAUAGAUCCCAUUUACAGAUGCUUUGUUUUCUCCCUAAUCUAUUGUAAUAACAGUAGAUCUAUUUACAGAUGCUCUAAUUUGUCCUGUAUCUAUUGUAAUAACAGUAGAUCCCAUUUACAGAUGCUUUGUUUUCUCCCUAAUCUAUUGUAAUAACAGUAGAUCCCAUUUACAGAUGCUUUGUUUUCCCCCUAAUCUAUUGUAAUAACAGUAGAUCCCAUUUACAGAUGCUUUGUUUCCCCCCUAAUCUAUUGUAAUAACAGUAGAUCCCAUUUACAGAUGCUUUGUUUUCUCCCUAAUCUAUUGUAAUAACAGUAGAUCCCAUUUACAGAUGCUUUGUUUUCUCCCUAAUCUAUUGUAAUAACAAUAGAUCCCAUUUACAGAUGCUUUGUUUUCUCCCUAAUCUAUUGUAAUAACAGUAGAUCUAUUUACAGAUGCUCUGAUUUGUCCUGUAUCUAUUGGAAUAACAGUAGAUCCCAUUUACAGAUGCUCUGAUUUGUCCCCAAUCUAUUGGAAUAACAGUAGAUCCCAUUUACAGACACUCUGAUUUGUCCUGUAUGUAUUGGAAUAAUAAUAGAUCCCAUUUACAGAUGCUUUGUUUUCUCCCUAAUCUAUUGUAAUAACAGUAGAUCUAUUUACAGAUGCUCUAAUUUGUCCUGUAUCUAUUGUAAUAACAGUAGAUCUAUUUACAGAUGCUCUGAUUUGUCCCCAAUCUAUUGGAAUAACAGUAGAUCUAUUCACAGAUGCUCUGAUUUGGCCUCUAUCGCCCCCUUGUGUUUUAAGCACCACAGAAAAGUAAUAAUGCAUGUUGAGUUCAUACAGUGGGGCCGUGGGUUUGCAACGCGUUCACAUACUUGUGUUGAUUAUGUUUCUGGCCUGCAAGGUAAAGAUGUAAUGAUGAUGUAAUGUCUAGAUAUCACAUUGUCUGUAAAAAAAAACAUGUUGUGAUGUGAACACAGGCUGGUGUCACUCACUCAUUCCCGGUCUCUCCUGUAAGACUGUAGUGUUGUAACGAUGGUCUCAGGCUGUGGCGUUAUUAAUAUGUUUAUUAUGAGUUUGUUAAAGAGGCUGUCAACUCCACUGCACGUAUGGACAAUGUCCCUAAAGACGUGGCUUAAUAAUCCAUGGCUAAAGCUAGAUUUGAACAAUUAUCAUUACAUUUGGUUUGAAUUGGAAACGGCAUUGCAUUAUAAAAUCAAACCACAAAAUGCUAAUUAGCUAGGUAGUUAACCAAUAAAAAAAAAUCUAAUAAAAAAAAAAAAUUAAAUUAGUUAAAAACGGUUCAGCCUAUAAAACACAAACAUUUCCAGCCUGCUAG